UGAUGCGGACAUGGCGCGUCUUCUGGAGCAGUGGGAGAAGGACGACGACAUAGAAGAGGGGGACCUCCCGGAGCACAAGAGGCCCUCGGCGCCCAUCGACUUCUCCCAGAUAGACCCGGGCAAGCCUGAGAGCAUCCUGAAGAUGACCAAGAAGGGGAAGACGCUCAUGAUGUUUGUCACCGUGUCCGGGAGCCCCUCCGAGAAGGAGACGGAGGAGAUCACCGGCCUCUGGCAGGGCAGCCUCUUCAACGCCAACUACGACGUGCAGAGGUUCAUCGUGGGGGCCGACCGCGCCAUCUUCAUGCUCCGGGACGGCAGCUACGCGUGGGAGAUCAAGGACUUCCUGGUCAGUCAGGACCGGUGCGCCGACGUGACGCUGGAGGGCCAGGUGUACCCCGGCCGCGGGGGCGGUGGGGACAAGAACAAAACAAAGCAGGAGAAGGGAAAGAAGAAGAAAGAGGGGGACCCCAAACCUCGGGCUGCCAAGCCUGCGAAGGAAGACAACCGAGCCGGAAGUAAGAGGGAAGAGCUGUGACGGCCCGGGCGCGGAGCCGCUCCCCUGGAGGCCUGCCUGCUGCUCCGGGGCGGCUCUGCGGGGGCCCGGUCUGGGUCCACACGAGAACUGCUGUUUCAGAGGCUUCGGGCAAGGCGACACAGGUCCUGUCAUUCACGUUGGACACUGACACAUCUGAGCUUCCCGUAAAAUCAGCCAGUGGAAACCAGACGGUUGCUUUUCCCUUUGGGUCCCCUCCCCGUCCCGGGCCCGCCGUGUCCGUGUCCCCUUGUUACUGCUAGCCGAGCGUCUGCGGGUGCCAGUCAGCCAGACGGGCGCCAUCUGUGAGGCCGGGCCCGGGGGCCGCGGACCGUGAACUUAGGCGCUCACAGUCUCCGACCUCAUCCGCGCUGUGCGGUCAGGACGCGGGCGCGGGGCCGGGGACAAAGUCCUGUCACCUGGGAUCCGAACUACUGGCUGAAUCUGACUGGGGUCCCUGUGGCCCGUCAGGGACUGAGUCCGGGAGCUCUGCCUCGCGUCCCCGGGUGGCCGCGCAGGCGGCGAGGGCCCCGGCACUCAGUGUGACCCCAGUGUGAGGACCGUAACGGGUGUAAAUCGGGGUCGGCGCUGUGACGGAAGACUCAGCAACCUCGUCAUUUCUGGACAUUGUUCUUUGAUAAAGUGCCUAAAUUUGUGGUGUUUUUGUAUGGUACUAACAUGCCCGGUCACGUUUGCUGUCAUGUGUCAGCCCCGUGUGCAGGUUCCAGGAUUUAUACGCGGUGUCGCUUUUAAGAACUCAGAUUAUUUGUACAGACCUUCCAUCCCAGUUUUCACAAAUUAAAAAGAGCACAUGGACGUGCUCAGGAA